UAAUAGCCCUUAUCUGUUUAUACAUACCACACAACACAGAAUAAUACUUUCGUCGUGUGGAUGUUAAACAAUGAUGUUGUUGUUUCCAGUGGCCGCAGUCCUCUUUAAUACAGUAUUUCUAGUCCACGGUGAUGGUCCCCAGUGUUUCUCCUGUUCAUUCGUGUCUCGCCUGGAGUUCUGUGACACCUAUAUACAGUGUGCUGAAGGAGAGAAAUGCCAUGUCCAAAAAAUACGGACACAUAAUGGUCAUGACCAAUUCACUUCAAGCUGUGUGAACAACCAGAGUUGUUCUUUAGAUAACACAUUACCUUCGUCCUUUGGAGACUCAACAGCGUACGGCCAGGUGACGUGUGUGGAGUGUUGUGACGGGGAUAUGUGUAACAAUAAGGGCUGUGGCGAUCCUGGUCCACCAUCACGUGAAUCACGUGGCCCGUACUGUUACCAAUGUCAACACAUGGCAGAUCCUACAGAAUGUGAGCGACUCACCAUCUGUAAUCCCAACGAGGUUUGCAGUAUUGACGAAUCUGUUUCCUUUGGCCAUCAAUAUACUAGUGGAUGUAAACGAAAAACGGAAUGUACUGGAGAACACAUCAUCUUCGGCCGAUCUUUGGAUUUCAUGCCGAGGUCAUUCCGACUCUGCCAUACCUGCUGUUCGGACGACUUCUGCAACCGGGACUGCCAACACGUGCAUGAACAUGAUACGACAUUUUGGAGUAACUGGGGUUCUUGGAGCAAUUGUACAGCUAAGUGUGCACAGCAAGGAAUACAAAAUCGGGCCAGGUUCUGCAGGAAUUCUUAUGGCGAUAUAUAUUCGCAAGGGUGCCCUGGAAGUGCAACAGAAGACAGAAACUGUUCAAUUGGCCCAUGUACAGGAUGUGCCGAGCUGUAUGAUAGCGGGGUUCGAACUUCCGGCCUCUACACCGUCGCCCCCGCAAGAGACACCCUGACCUUUCGGGUUGUCUGUGACAUGCGCGAUAUGAAGGAAAUUGGCGGCUGGACAGUCCUUCAACACAGACAGGUGGGCAACGUCAACUUCUCCCGGAAUUGGGCUGACUACGUCGGAGGCUUUGGUGAUCUACAGGGGGAUUUCUGGUUGGGACUUGAAUACAUUCACAUGUUGACAUCACGGGGGGUCCAACUCAUCAUAGACAUGGUGUCAGAUGCAGGUGAACUAUACCGAUAUACAUACGAGGGUUUUAGUGUAAAGAACGCGAGCACAUCCUACCAGUUAUCGUCCGGAAACGACACCUCCGUCAACUGUACUCGAGGCGGAUACGGUCUACAACUAAACAGCGGUCAUCCAUUUGCCACCUAUGAUAGACCGGAUGUAAACAACUGUUCUACUGGGUUCACCACGCAUGAACCGGUAUCAGGCUGGUGGUUUUGGAGCUGCACCUUUUUCAACAUAAACGGAAAAAUCGGUCACCCGAAUUACGAGUGGGGAAUGGCUCUUGAUUGUCAGGGGAUAACAGUCAUGUUAAACCAAACGACAAUGAAAAUAAAGUGAACAUCAACCUGAUACUAAAUCUUAAGUGUUAAUGUUCGUCAGUCUGUAACAUUCAGUAGGAUUCACAAAGGGAGCUAUGUCAGCAAUGCUGAAUUCACAAUACUGUAUGUACUGUAAGUACUAACAAUUCACAAUACUGUAUGUACUGU